CUUGAAGGAAAGGUGAUCAGCAUUCCAGGUAAAUUAGAACAGGUCAAAGUAAAACUUGAUAAACAAGAGAAGGUCCAUGACCAGAUUAUACAGCUUAAACCCCAGAGAAAUUUGGCAAACAGUGCCAAGGUGGAAUUAGACAAGAUCAGAGCCCAGAUUGAAGAGGAGAUGAAGGAGUUGGCUAAAGUAGACUCAGACCUGGAGUCCCAGAAAGAAAUGCUGGACAUGACACAGGGAGAUGAGGAGAUGACAAGACAAAUUCAGCCAGAUGUGAUCAUAAUUGAAAACAAUCUGAGGAAGGUUAAACAGCUCAAGAUUCAAAUUGAUGAUCUCCAGGCAACUUUAGGAAGCUCAGGUAUAGAUGGUGGAAUGACCAUGGAAGAGGCAGUAACCCGACAGAGUGAACUGGAAGAUAAGCUUCGCAAGUUGCAGGCCAAAGUUGAAGAAUUGCAAGAACAGCUUCAGGAACACAAGGAUCGUCUUCAAGGACUUAAAGACCGCAAAUUGAGACUUUCCACCCAAGAACUUGAGCUGAGGACCAAGCUUCAGGAAACAGAGAAAUUGAAGGAAGACAUUUCUAAACUAGAUGAGGAACGCAACAAGCUCACAGAGGACAUAGAAAAGGCUCAAGUGGAUAUAGCACCCUUUAAGUUCCAGAUAACAACCAAAACUUCUGAGAAGACAAAGCUCAUGGAAGAAAAAGACUCUUGGAUUGACACCCAAAAUAAUAAGGUGAGCACAAUCGUUGAGACACACAGGAGGGCUAACGAUUUACACAAGAAUAUCAGUGUAUACAUUUCAAGAAGGGAAGAAAACCAGCUGAAGGAAAUUCGUAAGAAGGUUUCUACUCUACAGCAGGCUGCCGUACAACUAGAUUCACAAAAGAAGAUGGUUGAUGAGCAAAACCGUGACAUUGAGAAGGAGCUUGCCAAUCAGAAGCAAAGGAAACGUAACCUGGAUGAUGAAAAAAAAAUCCGUGAGAAGGAGACAGAAGCAAAGCGGAUGCAGAAAGUGAUUAGAAAUUUGGAGGAACGUAUAAGAGGUUUUGACUAUGACAAGCUCAUUGAUGAAAAAACAGAACUCCUGCAGAAGUCUAGUAGAAUAGACAAUCAAGGAGGCAUUCUGGAUGGGCGUUUGCAAGAGGUCAACAAAACUAUUCAGACACUGGAAAGUGAGCUGAGAAGAAAGGAGAUUCGAGAUGCUGAAAAGAAUUACAAGCAGAAAUUUGUGGAAAUGAAGUGCACUGAUGUAGCUGCAGAUGAUUUGAACAAAUACUACAAAGUCUUAGAUACUGCCAUAAUGCAAUUCCACUCAGACAAGAUGCGCACAAUCAACAGCAUUAUCCGAGAACUUUGGCGUUCAACCUAUAGGGGCAAUGACAUUGACUACAUUGAGAUCCAGACAGAUGAGGCAGAGUCUCAAGGUGCAGACAAGCGACGUACGUACAAUUACAGAGUUGUGAUGGUGAAGAAUGGAACAGAUAUGGACAUGCGAGGACGUUGUUCUGCUGGUCAAAAAGUCCUAGCUUCACUUAUCAUCAGGAUGGCACUUGCAGAGACAUUCAGUACAAAUUGUGGCAUCUUGGCCCUCGAUGAACCAACCACAAACUUAGAUCGUGAAAAUAUUGAGGCUCUAGCCUUUGCUCUGUUAGAGAUUGUAAAUAAGAGGGCAAACCAACAAAAUCUGCAAUUAAUUAUCAUUACACACGACCAAGAAUUCCUGGAGAAGCUUGGUCAUCCUGAUUACACAGAUUAUUUUUCCCUAGUUGAAAGGAAUGACAGGUAAGUGCAGUAAAAUCCAUUUUUUUUUUACUAAUAGGAUCCUAAUGUAUCUUUCCUUGAUGUUGGUUUGUAAUGUGAUAUGAUAUGAGAAUGUCAAGUAGUGAAAGGAUACUUGAAAAAAAAAGAAAGGAAAAAGAAAAAGAAAAAAAUCAGAACAUGUUUUCAACAGAAUUGUUCCAAACUUUGGUGGAUCAUAGUAAAGUAUCAAAAAUUCUAACUGCUUUUAAAAAAUGCUGGUAAGCAAAAUACAUGUUUGUGUGCGAGUGUGUGCAUAUGUAUAAGCGCAUAUGGGUGCAUGUGUGUGGGGUCAUACUAAAUACUGCCUGGUACCGCCCAAUACCGCCCGGUACUGCUUAGUACCACUCAGCACUGCCCGGUGCUAAUCAAACUA